AUGUCGAAAUUUUUUGCAUGGAAUGUGAGAGGGCUUAACGAUCCCAGACGCCACACCAUGGUUAGAAACUGGAUUAAUAUCCAGAGGCCGCUCCUUGGAGCUUUUUUGGAAACACAUAUUCAGGAAAGAAAUUCACAACGGAUUAAUAAUGCUCUCCCUAUAGGAUGGAGCUUUUUCGGCAACUAUGAUCAUCAUCUCUCGGGUCGAAUAAUUGUUGUUUGGGACCCGUCUGUUCGAGUCUUCAUCUACAAGUCUUCUGCUCAGGUUGUUACUUGUGGGAUUUAUCUUAUGGCGGAAAAUGUGAACUUCACGGUCUCUUUUGUUUAUGGGUUCAACACUGUACUCGAGCGUAAAAACUUAUGGGAAGAGAUGGUCUACAUACAUGAUUCCACUCCGGUUGUUAACUCUCCUUGGUCGGUGCUGGGAGACUUCAACCAAAUCUUUCGUCUAAGCCAGCACUCUGAUUACCCUCUCUCAGUUAUUGAUCCAUCAGGUAUUGAUGAUAUGGUUGCAGCUUUGCAGGACUCUGAGCUCUUCGAAUGUCAAGCGAAAGGCCUCCCUUUCACUUGGUGGAAUAACAGUGGCUCCAACCCUGUCUCCAAAAGAAUUGACCAUGCUCUUAUCAACCACUCGUGGGCCGCUUCAUUUCCGGAUUCAUACGCAGACUUUCUUCAGCCAGAUCAGUCUGAUCAUGCGCCUUGCCUUCUCAGGGUUCCCUCAAUCAGUAGACGUAUCCGCAAGCCUUUCAAAUUUUAUCACCAUCUUACUGGCCAUCCUGACUACUCUUCUGUUGUCUCAGACGCGUGGUCAAAUGCUGAAGUUCAAGGAUCUGAGCAGUUUAAAUUGGUCCGACGAAUGAAGCUUCUUAAGACAGAUCUGAGGAACUUAAAUAAAACGCACUUUAGUGGCAUCACAGGAAGGGUAAAGCAGCAGUCUGUGAGGGUAGCGAACCUGCAGCAAAGUCUUCUCACCUGCCCGGACCCAGUUACUGCCUCUGAGGAGCACCGUCAGCGUGAUAUCCUUAACACCUUACUCAAUGCUGAGCAAAAGUUCUUCAGGCAGAGGUCGCGUGUUCGCUGGGCUGAUGUGGGAGACAGGAAUACACCUUUCUUUCAUAAAACAGUAGCACAAAGGAAUAAUAGCAACCACAUCCAUUAUCUGAUAGAUGAGUCUGGCCAGUUCCUGGGGUCCAUCGAUGAUAUAAAUGCGCACUCAGUCUCUUAUUUCCAGGAUAUCCUUGGCCACACAGAUCUUCCUGUCUCACCAGUUCCUCUAAAUGCUUUGGAAGAUUUGCUCUCCUUCAGAUGCUCGGACCUACAGAAAGCUUACCUGAAGAGAGAUGUCCUGGAAACUGAGAUCAAAGGUACUAUCUUCUCCAUGCCCCUAAACAAAAGCCCAGGUCCCGACACUACAAGAAAAAAGAGUUUUGAUAGCAGUACAGGAUAG